UUAUUAUUUGUGAAGGUGUGGGACUUGGCUACUAACAAUGUCGGAUGGAUCGGUGCUGCCUGUAGAGCUACGAUGGUUGGCCAUUUACACACUGUCAGAUGCUUACAGGCUGAUGAUGAUAAAGUUGUCAGUGGUUCUUAUGAUCACACUCUCAAAGUCUGGGACCUUAAGACAGGACAAUGUAACAUGACUCUUAGGGGACACACUGAUGCCGUCCUCUGUCUGCAGUUUGAUAAAACGAAAGUUAUUUCUGGCUCCAAAGAUACCACAAUCAAGUUGUGGAGGUUAUACGAUGGCCAGUGUCGGCUUUCCUUAUAUGGUCAUGAGGGGGCAGUAACUUGUCUCCAGUUUGAUGACAGUCGUAUUGUUAGCGGUGCCCUGGACCGACUCAUCAAGAUAUGGGACUUCACUGGACAUUGUCUCCACACAAUGGAUUGGAUCAAAUCUGAAGGACACACUGGAGUAGUUAGACACUUGCAAGCUGACAGCUGGAAGAUUAUCAGUGCAGCUGAUGAUAAGACUCUUAAAGUUUGGAGCGUUCAAUCAGGCGAGAGAUUAUUAACACUCAAAUCUCACACUGACGGUGUCACUUGUCUUCAAUUUAAUGAUCAAGUGAUUGUGUCUGGUUCUUAUGACAAAAGUGUGAAGCUUUGGGACUUCUCUGUCUGCUAGAACUUAUUAUUGCCAUUGUGUAUAAUAUUUUAUUUUUAAAUUCAAUAUCAUCAUCAUUUUUAUUGUC